AGGUGGGGUGGGUCAAGCUUCACUAUCAAAUACUGAAUCGGAAAAAUCAGUCUGGCCAGUCAUGCCCUCGCAGCCCCUCGGAGAAGUACCAUCACAAAGCGACAGACUGAAUCAAUGGUUCAGCCCAGGGGGGUCUGCCCCGCUGCAGGUUACUGGCGAGCAGCUUCUGGUAUCGUAGACAGUCACAGAAUGCCUUAUUUCACAAGACUCAUUUUAUUCUUGUUUUGCCUGGCGGCUCUUGUGGAGAGCAGAAAGCCCAAGAGGAGGAGAUGGACAGGGCAGCUGGAAAUGCCCAAGCCAAGUCACCUAUAUAAGAAGAACCUCGACGUGACCAAAAUCCACAAGGGAAAACCUCAGCCACUUCUUAGAGUGGAGGACCAUGAUUUCUCCAUGAGGCCUGCCUUUGGAGGCCCUGCUAUCCCGGUGGGUGUGGACGUGCAGGUGGAGAGCCUGGAUAGCAUCUCGGAAGUGGACAUGGAUUUCACCAUGACCCUGUACCUGCGGCAUUACUGGAAGGAUGAGAGGCUGGCUUUUCCCAGCACCAACAACAAGAGCAUGACCUUUGAUGGCCGGCUGGUAAAGAAGAUCUGGGUCCCCGAUGUCUUCUUUGUUCAUUCCAAAAGGUCAUUCACCCAUGACACCACCACUGACAACAUCAUGCUGAGAGUGUUUCCAGAUGGGCACGUGCUGUACAGCAUGAGGAUUACAGUCACUGCCAUGUGCAACAUGGACUUCAGCCACUUUCCCCUGGACUCCCAGACCUGUUCUUUGGAGCUGGAAAGCUAUGCAUAUACAGAUGAAGAUCUGAUGCUGUAUUGGAAGAAUGGGGAUGAAUCCCUGAAAACAGAUGAGAAGAUCUCCCUGUCUCAGUUUCUGAUUCAGAAAUUUCACACCACUUCCAGACUGGCCUUCUACAGCAGCACUGGCUGGUACAACCGUCUGUACAUUAACUUCACGUUGCGACGCCACAUCUUCUUCUUCUUGCUCCAAACCUAUUUCCCUGCCACCCUGAUGGUCAUGCUGUCCUGGGUGUCCUUUUGGAUCGACCGCAGAGCUGUGCCCGCCAGAGUUUCACUGGGUAUCACCACCGUGCUGACCAUGUCCACCAUCAUCACGGGCGUGAACGCCUCCAUGCCCCGCGUGUCCUACAUCAAGGCGGUGGACAUCUACCUCUGGGUCAGCUUUGUGUUCGUGUUCCUCUCGGUGCUGGAGUACGCAGCCGUCAACUACCUGACCACGGUGCAGGAGCGGAAGGAGCGGAAGCUCCGGGAAAAGUUCCCCUGCACGUGUGGAAUGCUUCACUCAAGAACCAUGAUGCUGGAUGGAAGCUACACUGAGUGUGAGGCCAACAGCCUGGCUGGGUACCCACGAAGCCAUAUUCUGACAGAAGAAGAAAGACAAGACAAAAUAGUGGUCCAUCUGGCUGUGAGCAAUGAAUCCAACUCCUCUAGGAAGAAGGGGCUUCUGAAGGGCCAGAUGGGUCUUCGCAUCUUCCAGAACACCCAUGCCAUUGACAAGUACUCCAGGUUGAUAUUUCCUGCCUCCUACAUAUUUUUCAACUUAAUUUAUUGGUCAGUGUUUUCCUAGAAGCCCUGAGGCUAUGCUUGGGAAAGGACAUAGACAUCUAUGGGGCCUGGCUAGCCAUCUGCACAUGGACCUGCUGACCACUCUUCCCUCACCAGAUGGAGCAGCUGCCCCUGGACCACCAGAUCCUGGACCACGAUGGCAGUACCCCCUCUCAGAGGAGCCCAGGAGCCCUCCAGCUCCCUUUUCCCUGACCUCAUGGGUUUGCUCCUCAUUAACGGUGUGUUCUGUGUCCUACUUCAUGCCUCAUUGGGACUGUCUUCUUCUGUUCUUGUGUGUAAACAAGAGCACAAGAGCCCCCCCCCCCAUAAAAA